CAUAAUAAUAUAAUUUCUAAUAACUUGAUUGACCAAAACUUACUUUACAUCAAUAACACAUUUGUUUGCCAGCCUUCAAUUGAAUUGAUCGAUUUUAUAAACCAAGCAAAACCUGAAUAUACUGUGUUUUUUUUUCAGAAUUUAGUGAUUUAGAGGGCAACAGCAAAUUUUUUGUUCAGUUGAACAGCAAAUAAAAAGCAUUCAUGCUUUUAUUAGGUCACCACAGAAAAUUAUGGCAUUCCUUUUUAUACAUCAAUAAUAGUUUUAAUCUUUUCUUCACCUCUAUCAAUGCAUUGCAUUCAACUUGCCACAGAUCUUUGUGUGGUAAAGUUUUAAAAAUUUCCAACAAAAGCCAAGUUUAUGGGAUCUCAAAAAAAUAUUUGAACACACAUUUUACCACUACAUGUUUACAGAUUUUCUUACAAUCAAGCUUCAGUAUAAUUCAGCAAUCCUUGACAAGCAGUAACUCACUGCUGAAGAGGAAGUUACUUCUUUGCCAUUCCAAGCCUCAAUUGUCAACGUCAACAAUGUCACCUUCUGAAUCCCCUAGCAAGCGCUGUUUACUCUCUGCAAAGAGCAACUUGAGACAGAAAAAUGCACAGAACUCUCAUCCCAUAACAAUCUGUGUUGAAGGCAACAUUGGCAGCGGGAAGACUACACUACUUAAUCAGCUCUCUGCACGUCCAGAUGUUGAAGUUUUGCAGGAGCCUGUAGAAAAGUGGAGAAAUGUCAAAGGCAAGAAUUUGUUGGACCUGAUGUACCUGGACCCAUUGCGGUGGUCUCACCUCUUCCAGAGCUAUGUGCAGCUCACUAUGGUCCAGAUGCAUAUGAAGCCUUGCCAUGCCAAAGUGAAAAUUAUGGAGCGAUCCAUCCACAGUGCUCGGUACUGUUUUGUGGAGAACAUGUUCCGGACAGGUCGUAUGUCAGAGCCUGAGUAUAAUGUUAUUUGUGAGUGGUACAACACAAUCAACUGUAACCUCUUCUUACCAGUGGAUCUCAUAGUUUACCUAUCGGCCAGCCCUACAUUAGCACAGGAACGCAUCAUCAAGCGUGGCCGGGCUGAGGAAGCCAACAUUCCCAUUUCUUAUUUAUCAGAGCUGCACGCUCUUCACUGCUACUGGCUGCAGAAUGAAGACCUGCCAGCCCCAGUCUUGGUUCUGGAUGCCGAACUAACACUGGAACAAAUGACUGCUAGAGUGGAAGAGCAUUUGGAGGUGCUACUUCAACAGCGUGCUGAGGCUGAGAAAAGCUUUGAGUUCUCUCGCUCGCCUGCAAAGAAAUUGUCUUCCCCUUCUGCAUCUCCUGCUAAGUUGACGGUUUCCUUGCGGCCAGCGUCAGCCUCCAAUUAAGCUAGCUGCUGCUAUUUUAUGUCGGCAGUUUUGUACUGAUUGAAAAAAAAAACUUAUUUUAUGUUCUUUUACUAUAGGUUAAUUCGACAGUUAUCACUAAACUCGUUUGCAAAUAAGUUUCAUCUCUUUAACAUUGUCACACUCAACAAAAAACCACUCGUCCAUCUGACAUGCACUCUUUCUGUAAGCAAGGGCAUGUAUUUUUCAUAAAGGCCUUCAUUUCUUUCAAACUGAAGUUCUGGAGAUCAGCUGACAAUACCUUAACUGCAUAUUGCGCUCAGGAUUGCAGUGUAGUAUUUAUUUAUUUUGGUCAUUACAUUAAAAUGUUUGGAUUCCUUUCUGUUAUGAAAUCGACUCGGUGAAUAUGAAGUUUACAAAACUUUCCGUGAUGUGGAGGUUCAAACAUCUACCUGCACCCUCCAAUAAUAUUUAAUUAGCUUUCAUUUUAUUUUCAGAUAAGAUGCGUUUUAUAUGCUGAUUGCGGUUUAAGUUAUGAAUGUCCAAUUCUGGAUUGAAUGGUGAAUUUCAAAAUUUUAACUCGUUUAAAAUCUUGAUCGGUUUUUCAAGUAGAAAUCGUAUUCGAAUCUGCUCAUUCCGGCUGUUUAAUGCGGUCUUUUGAAUAUGUUUGAUUUUAUUACAAUUUAUUCGAUCACAAAUUUUAUUUAAAACAGGGUACUUCUAAAACAAGUUCUUGGCUAAUUAAUAUAAAUUGGCAAGAGAACAUGAUUUGCAAGUUCUGAACUCGCUAUUUACUGUAAAACUCAUCUCAAUUAAAUUUCUCCUAAAUCGUGCAUUAAAUAUCUGUUUUGGUUGUGAUCAUUCGUACGUUGCGGUAUUCUAAGUUUCAUAUAUCACAAGGCCCUGCUAGUGCCCGAUGCAAGAAUGUCACACAAUCUAAUUGUGGUUUUUUACUAAAGAUAUUUUUUAAUUAUUGGUGUAAAAUUAGAAAUGCGAUUUGUAUCAUGUUGUAAGCAUUUCCUCUGUCCUUGCAUAUCUGAUGUGCAUGCAGCCUUACAUAAUAAAUGUUUAGCAGUAUUUCUAUUGAUACUUUUUCACAUUGCAUACCAAUUUGCAUUGAAGGUGUUUACUCGCAUUCAAUGUAAUUUAUUUUACAGUUUUAUAAUUUGAUGAAUUUAACUGUCGAGUUUUAAAAUUUGCAGUUGAUCAUGCCAGCAUUGAUGUGCACGGCUAAUGAAAAAUUUGGCGUCAAG